UACUCUGUGGACAUGGAAGUUGGAAAUCAUACCAUCCUGACAGAAUUCAUCCUAGUGGGCCUCUCUACAGAUCCCAAGUGGAGGUUGAUUCUAUUUGGAAUAUUUCUGGUGUUCUAUUUGCUCACCUUAUCAGGGAAUAUGACCCUUGUUGUCUUAAUCUAUAUUGAUUCUCACCUACACACACCCAUGUAUUUUUUCAUUGGCAAUCUGUCUUUCCUAGAUUUCUGGUACACCUCUGUGUACAACCCCCAAAUCCUGGCUAAUUGUGUCUCAGGAAAUCAGCGUAUGUCCCUGGCUGGAUGUGCUGCCCAGCUUUUCUUUUCCUGUACUGUAGCCUACACUGAGUGCUAUCUCCUAGCAGCCAUGGCCUAUGACCGCCACAUGGCAAUUUGCAACCCUUUACUUUAUUCAAGUACCAUGUCCAGUUCUCUCUGUACUAGACUUGCUGCUGGCUCCUACAUAGGUGGGUUCUUGAAUGCCGCAGCCCACAUUGCCAAUACUUUUCGCCUGAGUUUCUGUGGCAGAAAUAUCAUUGACCACUUCUUCUGUGAUGUUCUACCAUUGGUAAAGAUGUCUUGUACAGACACCCACGUUUAUGAAAAAAUCCUCAUGUGUCUGGUGGGUUUCACGGUCCUCUCCAACAUUCUUGCCAUCCUGAUCUCCUAUUUCAACAUCCUUCUGGCUAUUCUGAGGAUCCGCACAGCCUCGGGAAGACGUAAGGCUUUCUCCACCUGUGCUUCACACCUCAUCUCGGUCAUGCUCUUCUAUGGGUCCUUGCUCUUCAUGUAUUCAAGGCCAAGUUCCGCCUACUCCCUGGGGAAAGACAAAGUGGCAUCUCUCUUCUACACUGUGGUCAACCCAUUGCUCAACCCUCUCAUCUAUAGUGUGAGAAAUGAAGAUGUCAAAAAGGCCUUCUGGAAAACAACUCACACCAUAAGACCUCAGAGAUGA